GGCCAUCCCAACUUUUUCCUUUUAGACCCUUUCUUCCCAGUUUCCUCCAUGGAUAGCUCAGUUACCCCAGUCACCAUGGAUAAUGACCACCAUCAUAAUUCCAGCAAGGUCUCUUCUCAAAAGAAGUCCUACAAAGGAGGCUGGAGCGCUGCCAUUUUUGUCAUCUUUGUGGAGAUGGCAGAGCGAUUUGCUUUCUAUGGUUUGGCUGGAAAUCUCAUCCAAUAUCUGACAAAUAAUCUGGGUGAGCCCGUAGCCACAGCAGCCAAGAACGUCAAUACCUGGAUUGGGGUUUCCGCAAUCUUUCCUUUACUCGGAGCCUUCGUUGCCGAUUCAUACCUUGGCCGUUUCAAGACCAUCCUUGCAUCCUCCUUCAUCUACUUCCUGGGUAUGGUACUGCUGAGUUUGUCAGUCUCGGUGAUUCCUAUGCAUUCCCGAAAGGCUGUGUUCUUCACAGCGCUUUACGUAUUAGCCAUAGGCGAAGGAGGCCACAAGCCUUGCGUUCAGACCUUCGCUGCAGAUCAGUUCGACGAGAACAACCCGAAAGAGAAGGCUGCCAAAAGCUCAUUCUUCAACUGGUGGUACCUUGGGAUUGUAACUGGGGCUUCCGUCGCCAUUGUUGUUGUGAUUUACCUGCAGGAUAAUGUUAGCUGGACAGCAGGAUUCGGGGUGUUAGCAGGGUCAUUGGCAGUGGCAUUGGCAUUGUUUCUAAUCGGAAUCAAGAGGUACCGAAGCCAGAAGCCGACGGGGAGCCCUUUCACAGCCAUGGCUCAGGUCUUCGUCGCGGCCGCUAAGAAGUGGCGCGUGAGUGAGACGCACCGUGGCAGGGGGAUUUGUUACGAAGAUGAAAGAGGUGGGAGCCACGGCCAUGGUCAAACCAAGGGCUACAACUUGGUCCGUACAAAGCAAUUCAGAUUUUUGGAUAAGGCAAUGAUCAUUGACAACGAAGAUGCCAUGAGCAAAACCAAGAACCCUUGGAGGCUUUGUUCAUUGAACCAAGUGGAAGAAGUCAAGCUUGUACUUCGCCUUAUCCCCAUAUGGCUAGGUUGCUUAAUGUUCUGUGCUGUGAUAGCCCAACUACACACCUUCUUCACCAAGCAAGGCAGCACCAUGAUGAGAUCAAUCGGACCAAAUUUCCAAGUCCCUCCAGCAGCACUUCAAAGCCUCGUAGGCUUCACAAUCCUCAUUGCAGUCCCAGUUUAUGAUCGAGUUUUCGUUCCUAUGGCUCGAAAAAUAACCGGACAUCCCUCCGGGAUCACCAUGCUACAAAGGAUUGGUAUUGGCUUGUUCGUGUCUAUGCUUAACAUGGUUGUUGCUGGCCUGAUAGAGACUGCGAGGGUCAACACUGCAAGAAAACAUGGCCUAAUGGACAACCCCAAAGCCGUAGUCCCAAUGAGUGUAUGGUGGUUACUCCCUCAGUACGUGCUCACAGCAAUCGGGGAUGUGUUCACCAUUGUUGGAUUACAAGAACUGUUCUAUGAUCAAAUGCCUGAAGAAAUGAGAAGCAUUGGGGCUGCUGCGUACAUAAGUAUAGUUGGUGUUGGGAGCUUUAUCAACACAGCUAUCAUCUCUGUGGUGCAAGUGAUUACAUCAAGACAUGGGAAUGUAUGGUUGGGAGAUAAUCUCAAUCGUGCACAUCUUAACUACUUUUAUUGGGUAUUGGCAGGGCUGAGUGGUAUUAAUUUGUGUGUCUAUAUGUGGAUUGCUAGUGGUUUUGUGUACAAGAAAGUAGAGAAUGAUGAAACAAGAGAGGGUAAAGAGUUAGAAAUGGAAGGCUAUUUGGAGGUCAAAGUAUGAAAUUAUACAGCUUAUUUGGAUGUAAGAAUACCAAUUUACAUCUUAGAUAAUAGUGUGAAAAGUUUUAAUGCAAAAAUAGUAGGGGUUUUAUC